UUUGGUGAGGAAGAGACAGAAGGAAAUAAAGGAAGAAAUAGAUAGACAGAUAGAAAGAUAGAAGAAAAGAGAUGGCGAAUAGAAUGAAGUCACUCUAUAACCAGGUAAUAUUCGAAAGGCGAAUUUUGCUCGGUUGCACAGCCCUCCUUGGACUCUCGGUGUGCAUAUGGGCCGUAGCAAUAGGAACCGACCAUUGGUUCACCGUCGAAGCACCCAAUGACCAAGGCCUGCCGCUGGGAGAUUCUGGAGCGACUGGCCGGAGACUGAUCUACAAGCAUAUGGGUCUCUGGAGGGGUUGCGUCAGUGGUUUAAUACCUAAAACGAAGAAUUCCAGCGAGCUAGUGCCUUACAGAGAAUGCAAAUAUCAGGAAAUGUUUCCACCUGAAUCGAAGAUAGACAUGGAUCCAGGUUUAGACAGAACGGUUCUUAAAAAACCACGUGAUUAUGCGAGGACUCAGGUCUCGUUCGCUGUUAUUAGUAUGUUUAUAAUGAUAAUGGGAUUCUGUUUCUCCAUCUACACGUUCCGCAACCCACGGUACAUGUUCAAGCGACUAGCUGGUGGAAUACAUUUCAUUAGUGCUGCUUGCAACAUGGUAGUCAUACAAGUCCUACUUUCCUCGGUCGAAUACGAGAGAACGAACGUUUACGAAACGUUUCCUAAAGGUGCAUCCAUGAGAUACGAUUUUUCUCUUAUCCUUGCAUGGAUCGUCUUCCUUUGCAACCUAGUCGCGGGAUGUGCUUUCAUGCUUUUCUCAAGAAAAAGGAAAAGAGAUAAAGCGCCAACCGAGGAAAUCGCUAUGGCCGAUGAACCAACGAUAAUCGGUCGUUAGGGUUGUAAGGGAGUAGGAAUGUAGAAACGUGUCAAGUUAAAUGAAACACUCUGUAUACUCAAGACA